CUGGCUAUCGACUGCUGCAGAAUUGGAUAAAAAACAAUACUCUCGAAAGAAUUCUAUUCGUGAUCAAUGAGAAGGCAACGCCAUCGACUGAUAAGUGCCAAGGUAAAUAACAGCCUUCCUCCCACGUACAAAAUGCGGCGUGCCCUUGGUGGAGGCGGAGGAGCCUGGUGAGAAGCGCUCGUGCUUUUGGCCCCUAAAUUAUACCUGUUGCCCAACAGCAUACUUGAUGCGCAUCAAUCAGCCUUCCUUGCUCUCAGAAUCGCUCGCUGAUCGUACUUCACCUACAGUGUCGCCCGUAUUGAGUUUCAUUCUGCUCAUUCUUCAAGGACGAAUCCUUACCUGGGCUUUGGUAGAACAUUUUUCUCUUGUUCAUAAUGUCAGAUAUUCGGAAACGUUCUUCAGAUCCAGAUCAACAAUGGCAAGCCGGAUCACUGGAGUUCCGCGAGGCUGAACGUCCACCUGGUUGGAAAUACAAGAGUUGGAAGAUUGGUCCAGUCAAAAUACCAUGGUAUGCUUCACCUGAAUCGCAGCUCAUAUUGGUAUCUUUCGUAUGCUUUCUAUGUCCAGGAAUGUUCAACGCCGUGAAUGGCCUCGGAGGUGGUGGCCAAGUUGAAGCCAAUGCGUAUGCCAGCAAUGCUGCUAACUGCGCACUUUAUGCCACAUUUGCCGUCGUUGGUUUUUUCGCAGGAACAAUUACAAAUGCGCUUGGCAUCAAGACAGCUCUGUCCUUCGGUGGCAUCGGCUAUUGUGUUUACAUUGGAGCAUAUCUUUGUUGGAAUCAUACGGAGAACUUUGGUUACAUCGUCUUUUCGGGAGUUCUCCUAGGCUGCUGUGCGGGCGUACUUUGGUCGGCACAAGGCGCAAUCAUGAUGUCGUACCCGCCCGAACAUCUCAAAGGGCGAUACAUAUCCUGGUUCUGGGUAAUAUUCAAUCUAGGCGCCGUUAUUGGCAGCGUGGUUGAACUUGGCCUCAAUAUCGAUAAGGAAAACAACGAAAGAGUUAGCGAUGCAACCUACAUAGCAUUUCUUAUCCUGACCUUUCUCGGGGCAGUCUUAUCAUGGACGUUAGUUGAUGCAAAGCACGUCAUUCGUCGCGACGGAUCCAAAGUCAUCCUCAUGAAGCAUCCCACGUGGAAGACAGAGAUUAUCGGCCUUUGGGAAACACUCUGGAGCGAUCCGUAUAUCGUCUUGCUCUUUCCAAUGUUUUUCGCUUCUAACUGGUUUUACACGUACCAGUUCCAGGACGUCAAUCUUGCAAGGUUCAACACUCGCACGCGUGCUUUGAACAGCACGCUGUACUGGUUGGCACAGAUGUUUGGCGCUCUUAUUUUCGGCUUUGCACUCGACUUUCCUAACGUCAGACGAACAACCAGAGCGAAAAUCUCCUGGGUUGUGAUGUUCGUCCUUACCUUUGCCGUUUGGGGUGGUGGGUACGUCUUUCAACGCCAGUACAAACGCGAGCCCGAUCACAACAAAGACGGCGACAAAUACGACUGGACUUCGAGUGGAUACAUUGGCCCAAUGUUCCUGUACAUAAUGUAUGGAUUCUAUGAUGCAGCAUGGCAGACUUGCGUAUACUGGUUUAUGGGAGCCAUCACCAACAACAGUCGAAAGCUCGCCAACUUUGCAGGGUUCUAUAAGGGUAUUCAAUCAGCAGGUGCCGCUAUAAUCUGGCGCUUGGAUGGAAAGGAGAUACCAUACAUGAAUCUUUUCGCUUCCUGCUGGAUUCUCCUUGCUGGCAGCUUGGUCGUCGCUCUGCCAGUCAUGAUCCUGAAGAUUAAGGACACUGUACCUGUCGAAGAAGACCUGCAAUUCACCGAUGAAACGAUUGAAGAUGUCAUUGGGUUUAAGACAAGCUAUGAGUAUCCCGAUUCGGCUGCACAAGCAAGGGCCUAAACGAUGGACCACAGAGUUUGCGCAAGGGUAUCAGGAGCAAUGGACUAAUGUGUGAAUAUAAUGGAAACGAACAUGAUAUCGGGGGAAAAUUGGCGUGUGAAUAAAAGAGGGUUUAUGGGUAUAUUCGUUGUUGCGGAUCUAAUGGUGU